UCGCUCCUGCUCGGAGAUUUGCACCGUUCUUUUUAAAGCCAGAGUACUCACCGCCGCAACAAGUAAAAUCCAUAGAGAUGUAGCAAAAAGCUUUUAGCGCCGCUAUAAGAAAACUGGUCGUAGAAAUUAUAUAUACUCUCUCUCACGGUGCUUAGCUCGUGAAAGGAUGUGGAAAAACAGAGUCCGUCGGCAACACACGUUGCUUGCUAUCAUCAGACACUACUCUCGGAUUUCUCCACCACCACCCGCUUGUUCCGACCCGGUAAUCCGGGUCUCCAAAACCAACAUAGCCCAUCUGGGCGGUCCAAAGAAGGGCCCAAAGCCUCGGCAGCUCCUAUCUCUACCUCCCUUUCCUGGCCACCCUUUGCCCGGCAAGAACUCGGGCAGUGGUAAGCCCGGUCGGGUCACCGCCAUCAGUUGGGUCAAGUAUUACUUCGAUGAGAUUGCCGACCCUGUGAUUCAGUCCCAUUUCAACAAAGGCCUUGUCCAGAUGGCAUGCCCAAGUUCGGAAGACUCCUAUGUUGACAAGGAGCAAAUGAAGCCCAUGAGAAAGAUUCGGCCUAAUGAGGUCAUGGAGGCUGGGGCACGAGUUUAUAUACCUGUAUCUGUUGCGGAGACAAGGAUUUCCAAGAGAUAUGACACUAUACCAAGUGGGACACUAUAUCCAAAUGCUGAUGAGAUACAGUACUUGCAAAGGCUUGUCAAGUACAAGGACUCAGCUAUAAUGGUGCUAAAUAAGCCCCCAAGAGUGCCAGUCAAGGGGAAUCUGCCAGUUCAUAACAGCAUGGAUGCUUUGGCAGCUGCAGCUUUGUCUUACGAUUACGAUGAGGGCCCUAAGUUGGUUCAUCGACUUGACCGAGAGAGCAGCGGCCUCCUCUUGAUGGGGAGAACAAAAGAAAGUGUAGAUCAUCUUCAGUGGUUAUUUAGUGACAUAAAUAAAGGAAAUCCCUCCUGCAAGGCUUGGAAUGAUGCAUGUCAAGCAACAUAUCGGAGGUAUUGGGCUUUGGUCAUAGGCUCUCCCAGGGAAAAGGAAGGGUUAAUUUGUGCUCCUCUUACAAAGGUGCUCCUUAAUGAUGGGAAGACUGAGAGGGUCAUCUUGGCUCAUCAAUCAGGUUUAGAAGCUUCUCAAGAGGCCAUAACUGAAUAUCGGGUUCUUGGUCCUAUGAUAAGUGGAUGCUCGUGGAUUGAGCUACGACCAGUUACUAGUCGGAAGCAUCAGCUCCGCGUCCAUUGUGCCGAAGCUCUUGGCACACCAAUUGUGGGUGACUACAAGUAUGGUUGGUUUAUUCACCAGAGAUGGAAGCAAAUGCCUAGGGUUGAUAUUGAGCCAACAACUGGUCAACCUUACAAGUUGCGAAGGCCGGAAGGUCUGGAUGUUCAGAAAGGAAGUGUUUUAUCUAAGGUCCCUUUGUUACAUCUGCACUGUAGGGAGCUUGUACUUCCCAACAUCUCGAAGUUCCUUCAAGUUUUGGAUCAAAAGUCAGAAAACCUGCAUCCGGAGGUUAGCUUGAAGCCAGAUCUACUUCGGUUUGUGGGAUCGAUGCCUUCCCACAUGAAAAUUAGUUGGAAUCUUAUGUCCUCCUAUUUGGUAUAAGAAUGCAGGAAAGUUUGUGUUCUGUAGAGCCCGAUUCAUGUUGCUGUCGAUCAAUUUUGGGGGUGCAGUUUAACGUUUAUUGUAAUUUUUAAAAGCAAUUGUACUACACGGUAUGAAUUUGAUGGUCAAUAUAAAAAUUGCAAUGAACAAUACAAGUGAUUUAAAAUUUACAUCAUAA